GCAGGAUCUGCCCCUGUGUCUGGGAUUUCAUUAAAUCCCCCCCCCCCAUUCUCUUCUCAAUGCCGCACCCUAUAGAGAUCGUUGUGUGGUUGAUCCUGAGGUCACAGAGCUGGGAGAGAACCCAGGAGUCCUGGCUCCCAGCCCCUCCCCCUCCAACCACCAGCCCCCACUCCCCUCCCAGAGCUGGGAGAGAACCCAGGCAUGUAGGCUUGCAGCCCCCCUGCUCUAACCACCAGCCCCCAAUCCCCUCCCAGAGCUGCUCUCCAGCCCCAUCUAAACAGUAAUUUCUUCCCAGGUGCUGCUCAGUGGAGACGACCCUGCAGCCCGCUGUGAAACCAUGACCCGGCCCAAACGCACAACAACUAUGAAGAAACACCCACGCAAGGUGGCGGAACUGAGGGCGCGGCAGGAGGAGGCCCGGCUCAAGGAGACCAGCCAGCGCCGCAGCCUGGAGUCCCUGCAGCAGGAUGCCCUCCGCAAGCAGCGGGAUUUCGAGCAGAAGGAGGCCGGGCUGCAGCAGCUGCAGGGGCACCCGCGGCUGGAGAAGGAGGGGUCCCGCAGGGCGUACUACCGGGAGUUCAGGAAGGUGAUCCAGGCGGCUGACGUGGUCCUUGAGGUGCUGGAUGCCCGAGAUCCCCAGGGCUGUCGCUGCCCCCAGGUGGAAGAGGCCGUGCUGCAGGCCGGGGGCAACAAGAAACUGGUGCUGGUGUUAAAUAAAAUCGACCUGGUCCCCAAGGAGGUGGUGGCCGGGUGGCUGAAGUACCUGAGGAACGAACUCCCCACUGUGGCCUUCAAAGCCUCCACCCAGCAGCAAAGCCAGCACCUGCAACAGAGCAAGGUGCCCGUGGCCAGGGCCUCCUGCGAGCUGCUGGCCAGCGGGGCCUGCGUGGGGGCCGACUGCCUGCUGAAAGUGCUGGCCAACUACAGCCGCAGCCAGGACCUCAAGAUGGCCAUCAGCGUGGGGGUCGUGGGCUUCCCCAACGUUGGCAAAAGCAGCCUGAUUAACAGCCUGAAGCGGAGCCGGGCCUGUAGCGUGGGGGCUACGCCCGGCGUCACCAAGUGCCUGCAGGAGGUGCAGCUGGACCGGCACGUCAAGCUCCUGGACUGCCCCGGCCUGGUCCUGGCAGCCGCGGCCUCGGACGCCGCCCUGGUGCUGCGCAGCUGCCUCAAGGUGGAGCAGGUGGCCGAGCCGGUGACGCCCGUGGGCGCCAUCUUGAGACGAUGCUCCCAGGAGCAGAUCAUGCAAUAUUACGGUGUGCCGGCUUACCGGAACGUCACGGAGUUCCUAGCGCACCUCGCCCGGAGAAAGGGGAAACUGAGGAAAGGAGGCGUGCCCGAUCACGAGAAGGCGGCCAAAGCUGUGCUGAGCGACUGGAUGAGCGGGAAGAUCAGCUAUUUCACGCACCCCCCAGAGACCCACACGCUGCCCACCCAUAUCAGCGCUGAGAUUGUCACGGAGAUGGGCAAGGCCUUCGACUUCGAGGCACUGGAGCAAGGCAACCAGGAGGCUUUGGCUGACCUCCCGUCUGUUCCCGUGGGCAUCGGCCUUGCCCCCGCUGGCCUCACCAGCGGGGCAGGGGCAGAGGCAGAGAUGGAAGAAGAGGAGACAGCAGGAGAGGAAGAAACAGCCAUGGACGAAGACAGAGAUCUGGAGCUCGACAGCGUGACGGUGGAACUGAAGGCUAAGAACAAAGCAGCCACUGCCGUGGAGAAACCUGUUCCCAGAGCCCCCAGCCUGGAGGAGAUCUCAGCCCUAGACCCCCUGCACCAAGGGCAGGGGCUGCGGGCAGCUAGCAGGCGGCGGAAGCAGCAGCAGAAAAGAGCAGAGAAAAUCGCCAGCAAACUCUCUGCCACGCUGACGGCCGCCAUGAACUUCGGCACGGCUGGCGACUAGGCACAACGGCCCCCCCAUGAGCCGUGCACUCCAGCUCCUUCAGGCUCGAUCCCCUCUGCUGGCCGGUGUGGGGCGGCCCAUGGAGACGAGACCAGAACUGCCACUACCGAAAAGUCAGGCUCCUUUUAUUACCAGCUAAAAGCCCCGGCGCGGCCCAUCUCCAAUAAAACAUCACACACAGC